UUCAGACUUUGGGAUGUGAGAAAUCAAAAUAAAUGCAUUAAGAUAUAUAGAGGCCAUAUUGCGUAUGUUAACUCAGUGAAAUUCUCUCCAGAUGGGUUGUGGAUAGCGUCCGCUGGGACGGAAGGAUCUGUUAUUAUAUGGGAUAUUCGCAAAAGUAAACAAAUCAAAGAUUUUACGGAGCAACCACCAGCUGCUGGUAUAACUUGUAUACAAUUCCAUCCAUCAGAGUUCCUUUUAGCAGUGGGUCGUGUUGAUGGUACAGUUAACAUUUACGAUUUAGAAAAUAACGAACGCAUAUUAAGUACAAACGCCUCAAGUCAAUUUUAUGGUAAUCCAGUAAAAUGUAUUACAUUUAGUGAAAAUGGCGAGUGUCUUUUUGUUGGCACAGCUGCCGGAAUAUCUGUGAUUGGUUGGGAACCUGAUCGAGAAUUUGACUAUAUUAAAUCUACUUGGACUGAGAUUGGAGAUAUUAAAGUAGUUAAGCGUAAAUUGAUAUGUGGUACCUACGAAAGCGAUACAGUUUCUAUUAAUGCUUUAAGUAUUGAUAGAGUAUUUCCAUUCUAUAAUCCCUCCAAUAUACCGAGUACAUUUAACUCUAAUUCCAGUGUGCGCAGAAGCUUUUCUCGUGGUAAUCAGAAACUACGCUUAUCAAUAGGUGGUCCAAAACCGUCCCGAGUAUUGGAAGAAAAUGAGGAUAAUAAAAGUCCUAGUCUUGAUGAACAAUCGUCCCCAAAUUUAAGUCUUGAGUUGGUUGACGAUACAAAUUUAGUUAUAACAAUGCCUCCUCCAAUACCUUCAUCUUCAACGCAUCCCUUAAAUGGUUAUGGCAACGGCAAUGGCAAUGGCAAUGGCACUUUGAGUGUCAAAACAAAUUUAAAUAACGCUUAUAAUAUAGUUACAAAUUUUGCACCUUCGAAAAGUGUUCCUCUGCCAUACAAUUUUCCUUCUAUACCAUCCAGCACUGAUUAUAACAUGAUUGGAAGCAAUGGUUAUAACAGCUUACAUUUCGAUGGUCCUAGCUCAUUGAAAGUGCCUGGAGAACAUGGAAUGUAUCCAGUUGAUCGGAUAUUUGAAACGUUUGGGAAUGGCGUAGAAUAUAAUUUAAAUGAUAGUAAUACACCUAUUAUUUCUAAUUACGAUCAUAAUGAAAUGGCUGAAGAUUUUCCCGUUAAUCAAAACGUGCAUCAGCAGCAGAAUGUAGUCAGUUCAACAAAUGUAUCAUCGCAACAAACAUCAAAAACUACUAAAACUAAACAGAUCUCACAUAUACAAAAACGAAAUACACAAAAUGCCAUUUCUGGAUCAAAAUCUGCUACAUCAUCAUUUCAUAAUCGGAAUAAAUUUUCUCAAGUGUCUUCAGUAAGUACUACAGAUUUACAUAAAUUGGACGACAAUUUAUUAAUUAAAAAGUCGGCAUCCUCACAUAUGGUUGCCAAGGGCAGACGCAACACUGAUGCACAAUCGCAAAUAAAUAAAGAAAAUGCACGAAAUAAAAAUAUAACCGUUCAAAUUUUAACAAAACCACCAACUAGAUCACGAACAUCUUUCGAUUUACGUUCACCAGAAUCUGCAGCGGCACACAAGCAAUCACAUAGAAUUUCCAGUUAUACAUCGGAUACCAACAACACAACAAAUAUUCCUAUAAGUUAUCGUCCAGAUCCUUCGCUUUUAACUCAGUCUGGAGUUAAUCAGAAAAGUUUAAAUAAUCGUAAUGGAAUUGAUGAUAGUUCCGAAAUACAUAUGUUAUCAACCUCACAUGAACAGGUUUAUCAAGAAUUAAGUAAUCGGCAUGCGACCUUACAAUUAAUAAGAAACUCGACCAGAUCUCAUGAUGUGAUUGGGGCACUUCGACAAGCAAUCCAAAUGAAUGGACGGACUGUGUUUGUAGAUCUUUUAGGAGCAAUACUUGAAAAAACGUCAUCAUGGAAUUUGGAUUUAUGUUUAUUAAUUUUACCAGAAAUUUUUGAACUUUUGAAAAGUCAACAUAAAUUGUAA